UGCGACGACGACUACCGUCGAAUGCCACCCACGCACCGUAUGGUGCGGUCGCAGGCAUACGAUGAUAAUAAUUACAAUAAUAUUAAUAUUAUUAAUAAUAACGACUAGUCAGCGACAGUAAACACGAGAAACGAAAAUCGACCUUGUGCACGAUCGCAACAAACGGCGUGCACGAUAUUAUAAUAUGGUACUUACUAUUUGUAAGUAAUAAUAAUUAUUAUUUUAUAUUUUCUCUCAUACCCUCGCGCACAUGACAAAAUUGACAACAAAUUUUAUUUCGUAGUGCGCGCGCAGCACUUGAAUAAUAAUAAACAACGACGUCACGAUAAUAACGUAAGUAUCUGCGCGACGACGGUCCGUGCUAGACCGUGUUUGGUGUAUAGUUCGGUUAUCGUCGACUUUUGAUUAUUGUUCGAUUCUUUGCUGGUUCGUGUAACACACAACAGUCCGACAGUAGUCGGCAGUCGGCACUGGUAGUCGAUGCACGUCCGCGGUCGACGACAUGGACGAAUGUGACAAUUUGUUGGCGGACGGCGGAGGGAUCGACGUACAGUUUUCGGACGUUUCGUAUUCGGUAUCCGUCUGGACUCCAGGCAGGAUACUCGGUCCAGAGAAAAAACAUAUUUUAAGAAAUGUCAGUGGUACAUUCCGUAAGAAACAAGCAUGCGCUAUAAUUGGAUGUUCUGGAUCUGGCAAGUCUUCACUGUUGAAUUUCAUCUCUGGUUAUAAGACAUGUGGUUACAAAGGAGAUAUAAUUAUUAAUGGACAACCUCACAAUCAAAAACAAUUCAGAAAAGAAUUGAGUUAUAUAAUGCAAGAAGAUAAUUUACAACCUCAUCUUACUGUUUUAGAAUCAAUGGAAAUAGCUUCUAAACUUAGAAACUGUACUAUACAACUUGAUGUUUACCACAAAAUCUUAAUCAAACGAAUAUUAGAUAAUUUAAAGUUGUCAGAAAAAGAACAAACUUUGGCAGGAAAAUUGUCUGGGGGUGAACGUCGUCGACUGUCUAUUGCUGUAGAAUUAAUACGUAAUCCAAAAGUGAUGUUUUUUGAUGAACCAACAACAGGUUUAGAUGUGGUAUCUGCUAAUUGUGUGGUAUCUAUGUUAAGAGACUUAGCCAAUUGUGGUAAAACAAUUAUAUGUACUAUUCAUCAGGCAUCUGCUUCUCAAUUAGAAAUGUUUAAUGCAUUAUACAUAUUAUCACCCACUGGUCAAUGCAUUUACCAUGGACAGUCAUCAAGACUUAUAAGUUAUCUAUCAUCUGUUGGUCUCCACUGUCCCUUACAUCAUAAUCCUGCAGAUUUCGUCAUUGAAGUGAGUUCUGGAGAAUACGGUGAUCACAAUGAAACACUAGUAAAGUAUAUCAAUAACGGUAAAUCAAAUGAUUGGAAUAACGACAAAAGUAUUGAAAACAGUGUUCAAAUGCAAAGUCAUCGUUCUAAUUAUUCUAGACAUAAAUGCAUCUCAAAGUUUUUCAAUGAACUACGAAUACUAAUUAGUAGAACAUUAAUCAUCUCAUCUAGAGACAGUGACUUUAUCAGAGUUAGAAUAUUUGUACCUCUUUUAAUGAGUUUUCUGUUUGGUUCAGUAUAUUUAAAUAUUGGCAAAAGUGGUUCAUUCACUAGGGAUAAUGUAAUAAUGUUAUACUUCAGUAUGAUGACAAUUGUUUACUUAUCUGCCUACUCAAUGUCUAUAAAAUUCCCAAUGGAGUUAUUACUUAUGCGAUUAGAAUACUUCAACCAGUGGUAUUCACUUCGUUCAUAUUACACGUGUGUGACAUUAAUGGAUCUACCUUUACAGAUUAUAUCUACAGGACUAUUUUGUAUCGUGAUUUAUUUAAUGACUGGACAGCCAUUUGAAUUAUUUAGAUUUUUAAUGGUUUUUUUAAUGUUGAUUGUAACUGGUUUGAUGUCUCAAGCAACAGGCAUGUUGAUUGCAAUUUUAUUUAAGAAUUUUCUUAUAAAUACUAUUGUUAUAUCUUCUAUUAUUUUACCAUUGACAAUAUUUGCGGGCAUUAUGUUACGUAUUAAUGACACACCAAAAAUAUAUAGUUGGAUUUAUGAUAUAUCCAUGUUAAAACAUUCUAUGCAAGGUAUUUUACAUGCUAUUUAUGGCUUCAAAAGAUCUGAAUUGCCAUGUCCAGAAAUAUAUUGUUACAAUGGUUCACCAGAAUCAGUUCUCAAGGAUGUAAGCAUGAGUGAAAAUAUAUUUUGGAUUAGCAUUGGAUACAUCACAACUGUAUUUUUAUUUCUUAAAAUUUGUACUUAUGUUAUUUUAAAACAUAAACUUUCUUGAUGAAAAUAAUUUAAAAUGUUAAAUUGACAAAUACUUAUUACUAGUCAAUAUUAAAAUUUUUAAAUAAUCUAUUUUAUUUGGAUAAAAUAUUAUUUUUACAAUUUAAUAAUUUCAUAUCUUUUGCAAAGUUAUAGAUAAUUGAAAAAAUAUUAUAUUUAUUAACUUACAAAUAUAGCUAUAGUUUAUCUAUAGCCAUGGUUUUAAGGCAUUGUAACCAUGAGGUGGGAGGAGGUAUAGAGAUGAUACCCAUAUUAACCUUGACGCAAAAAGUUGUUAAUGCUUUUGCUUUUUUUAUAUAUAUAUAAUUAUAGUUCAAGUUCAUAUGUUUUAAAAAUAAUUUAUUUCCCUAAUUAUACUAUAUUUCUUAAACAAUAUUAUAAUUUUGCAAAUGUCAUGGUUAAUUGGAUAGAUUAUUGUUGUGUAUUUUGUGUUAAAAUUGAACCUAUUCAGUAAGAUGUUGAUAAUCUGAAAAUUACGGUGGUUGGGGUAAUAACAAAUUUAAUGACUAUUUUAUUAUAUUUUCUUUUACUAAAAUGUUUUUCUAAAUGAACAUACAAUAAUGAAUACAGAUGAAUGUUUUAAACUGCACAAUAAUACACAUACAGACCCUAAAAACAUUGCUUAAUUUGCAUUACAACUGAAUUUGAAUGACACUAUUGACGUAAUUUUUCUUUUUAAUUCUUAUUAGGGGCUAAGAAAUCUAGCGCUCAAGUAUGCCAUCCGAGUAUCCACUUUAAAAUAUCUAAUCACCCAUGAUUACAAUUAAUUUUCUAAUAAAUAAAUAUUAAAUUAAAAUUCUAUCCAAAAUGAAACCUAAUAUCUUAGUAGUAAUUUUUAAUUAGGUUUAUCAUCGUUAUACUUUAUAAUUUAAAGGGUAACAAUUAUAGUUUGCAAGUACAUUCAGGCCAAGAGGCAACACAAUGUUACUGUGUUUAAAAAAAUGUGGCUGUUGAAAAUUAUUAUAUUAAAAAUAAAAACCAAAAAAAUCUUCAGAGAUAACAUUUGCUUUGGACUGAAUGUGGUUUAAUACUUCACAUAAAAAUGUUUAUUAUUCAAGUAAUAUUUUUAUUUGGUGUUUUUUGUUAAUUAGUAUUAUACCAUUAUUGUUUUUCUUUGUUAAUUGAUCUGAUUAUGUUCUUAAUUUUUUUUAUUUAAAUCUAUAGUUAGUAACCAGUACCCACUUGAUUGUAACAUGAAAUCUCUUGAUUUCUGAUCUCAAAACCAACGAAUUUAUAAACAUGUAUUUCAUUUUAUUAUUCCAUAAUAUAUUGUUUUGCUCAAAUUACAA